CGGCUGUUGUCUAUGUCUUCGCCCAUGUAAAUGUCGUCGCCGUUGAUUUAUUAAAAAAAAACCAUAUGAGGUCGUCAAACGUUCUUGAUGGUAAUGUUGACAGUUUCGUAAGCUCAUUGCGGCGCCUCUUCAAAUCGGCAAGGUCAGAAUAGACUUCAGCUCAGUGACAGACUGUCAGGUGGCCAGGUGAGAUGUGGGUGCAAAUGCUUUGAUUGUUUUAUUGAUCACCAGAAGUCCCGUCUCCAAAAUGACCACCAGGCUGCUGUGGAGAUGGGUGCGACACUUUCCUCGCUGCCCUCAGGCUGCUGCAGCCUCAGUCCGACUACAGAUGCCCACAGUGCACUCCACAGAGCCAGCAUGCUCGUUGUCCUUGUCUUGGCUCCAGCCUGCUUCUAGGCACCUCUGUCAGAGCAGUGAACUGGCCAAGAUGGAGGAGUCCCCAAUUCCAUAUGAACGCUCCGAAAUAGUCGGACUUGUUGAAAAGGCAGCCACUCCACAGGAAGUGCUUCAGUUAUGGGCAGAGCAAGGUGGAUCUGCUGGUGAUGCAGCCAGGUGUCUGAUCCAGCUAAGUCUGAGGGUCAUGGAGAAGGGUGGAGAUGGAAUUCUGCAGGACCCACGCUGUGAAAAAAUGCUGGAGACAGUAAACUCUCAGGUGUCUUCAGUAUGGAAUGGGUCUCUAGUGGCUCUCCUGCGUGCUCUCACCAUGUUGGGUCUCCCUUCUGAUGCCCCUCUGCUCCACUCUCUCCAGAAUGAAGUGCUUUGGAGGAUUCGGCGCCUCACUUACCGUCACCUUGCCUACCUGGUGGACUGGGUAGCAUUUCAAAGCAGUAAAGGGCAGGAACAUGAAGCUCUUACCAAAACCCUGCUGAAGCAGCUUGAGCUGCGAUGGACUGAGCUGUGUGAUCCUCGUACCAUCACCAUUCUCAUGAGCCAUGCCUCACUCCUCUCCCCAUCAUUCAUGGACAAACUACAGGACAAGGCCCUGGAAUUUUCUGAGAACUUCAGCGCAGAGGAUAUCCGCAGGGUGGCAUUUUCAUUGGCCUCUCAAAACAGGAGAACCGUUCCUUUGUUGCGGGCACUCUCAUAUCACCUGAACCAGAAACCUUCCGUGGAACUGAAAACAUCACUGCUGCUUGACGUUGCAUAUGCUUAUGGUAAGCUGAAUUUUCACCAGACACAGGUGCUCCAGAGAAUAGCUGCAGAGUUAUUGCCAAGGUUAUCAGAACUGAGUUCACUUGACGUCACACGCUGUGCCAAGUCUCUGGCCUUCCUCAAGUGGCUACACCUUCCUCUGUUUGAAGGCUUUGCUCAGCACUAUGUGAGUAAUAGUGAAAAGUACAGCACUCUGCAAGUGUGUAAUCUCCUCAUGUCUUUCGCCAAACUCAACUUCCAUCUCAGCGAAGGGGCGGAUUUCUACCCAAAGGUGCAUGCAGCUUUGGAAAGUUCCUUUCAAAAUUUAGAGCCCUUUCUGAAAACAGAUGUGGUUUGGUCACUGUGUGUACUGAACCAGGCCAAGCCUGAUUACAUCACCUCUGUUACAAAGCCUGCCUUUCAGAUGAAACUUUCAGCAGGUGGCAGGGUGGGCCAGACCGAGAACUAUAGACAGAAAUUAUUACAUAUCUCUGCCUAUUCUCAGCUGGAGCCUCUUGGAGCCACUGCAUCCCCCGUUGUGCUGCUGCCAGUUCCUCAGAGCAAAGUGGAGUCCAACACUCCUCUUCAAAGCAGCCUACACACAGCCCUCAAGAGCCUGACCAACAGUCGGACACAGGCCCUCCGUACUGCUGUAAAAACAGUAUACGGCUGGACUAUUGAUGGAGAGCUUGUAGUAGAUUCAGAAAAUAAAAUUAUUGAUUUAGAGAACAUAAAAGCUCCUCACUUACCUGGAGGUGGUGGGACUGGUGCCUUACCUGCAGGGACAAGACGGAUAGCAUUUGUGGCUUUGGAGUUUCCUAACUUUUGUCUCAGGAGCAAGGAUCUUCUGGGGCGCUUUGCAAUGCAGAAACGCCACCUACGGCUGGCUGGUUUUAUAGUGGUGGAGGUGCCGUACUUUGAAUGGCUGGAGCUGAAGUCUGACUGGCAGAAAGUGGCUUACCUAAAGGACAAGUUAGGGAAGGCGGUGGCUGAGGACAUGGCGAAGUGAGACGAUGGAUCAGCGUUUCAUCAAACCUAUCAAACAGUGGUGUGGCACAAGCUGCUAAAAUACAUUUGUAAACCUAGGCAAAACUUUACAGAUAAGGGAAGGAUAAUAAGUACUACCACACAUAUUAUGCACACAUGUAUAUCUAUGAAAGAAAUGUUGGUGUCCAUAUGUUCCAUGAUGCAAAAAUCUGAAGAUUAAGGUUGAUGCAUGCAAGAUGAUCAAAAGAUGAAAUCAGCAGAUGCUUAAAAGCAACAAGUGUGUGUGACUGAGCUGAAAAACAUAAGUGAUUUUCACCACAGGGGAAACCAAUCCUCACAACCACAAUAAAUUAUUUCUUUUCUUCUAUUGUCUAAAACAUUGUACAUUGUUGUCCUCAAAAACGACUGGACGUCUUUUCUACUACCACUAACAAUAAAUACGUUGUUGAUGCAGUUGUCUGGAUGAUAACUUGGGCUUUCCUUGUUUCCAAGGAGACAGUUGUUGAGGUUGAUCGCUCAGAAACUGAGAGUUCAGUACAUAAAAGAUUAUUUUCUCUACUUUUCUUAUUAAUUAUUGUAGUAAAGGUGAAAAGUAAGGUUUAAGAGAAAAUUUUAAUUCUGUCAUUUACCUCAUGUUUUUCCAAACCUAUAUGAAUUAUUUCUGCCAUGGAACCCUGAGGAUGUUAGGCAGAAUGUUUGGGAUUGACAGGCUUAGUCACCAUUCACUUGCAAUGCAUGUAAAAAAAGAUUCAAUGAAAGUGAAUGGUGACUGAGGCUGUCAUUCCCUAAAAUUCUGCCUAAUGUCUCUUUUUUUGUGUUUCCCAUGUAGUAAUUAUAGGGUUUUGGAACAACAUAAGGGUAAGUAAAUGCUGACAGUAUUUUCAUAUUUGUGUGAUCUGUUCCUUUAAUAAUAUAUGAUAAAAACUCUUCUUGACUCACA